AUGGACUACCUCUUCGAUAUCCAGAGGCUCCCCUCGUUCCUCGUCCCAUUCGUUUCUCUCUCAUACCCCGUGGAGCGCCCGUUGCUCACUGACUCCUUCCAUGAUGCUGUACACUAUGAUAUCGGAUACCUCGAUACUUGCUUCAUCGUCACACUCAUCGCCAUGAUGGCCAUUCUUCGCGACGUAGCGCGAUUAUUUGUCCUUGAACCAUUUGCUAGGUGGAAACUCACCCGGGACUGGCGACUUCGACAAGGAUGCAUGGUCCCUAUCACGAAUGGCAAGUCCAACGGCAACGGCGCGUCGAACAGGACAGGAUCUCCGACUGGAAAGAGCGCAGAGCGCUUGCCUGAGGACUCGGCAGAAGCAAAGCAUAUUCACCGUAGCGUGCUGCGGUUUGCGGAACAAGGCUGGCAAACAUUAUACUACACCAUGCAAUGGAGCUACGGCGUGUACAUCUAUCGAAACGUGCCCAAUAUGCUGGCCGACCCUUGGUCCAACUAUCCCCAUAUACCCCUCCCCAGCGUGGUCAAAGGCUAUUACCUCAUGCAAAUAGCGUUCUACGUUCACGCCGUGCUGAUCAUCAACGCUGAGGCGCGACGAAGAGAUCACUGGCAAAUGAUGACCCACCACGUCAUAACUAUUGCGCUUGUUAUCAUAAGCUAUUCCUACAACUUCACUCGCGUUGGGUGUUUGAUCAUGGUCAUCAUGGAUUGGUGCGACAUUACCUUGACAUUCGCUAAAACGCUUCGAUAUCUCGCUUUUCAGAAGGCUUGCGAUCUGGCAUUUAUCUUCUUCCUCAUCUCCUGGUUCAUCACGCGCCACGUUCUAUUCAUCAAAGUCAUUCUAUCAACUUACUGGGACUUGGCCCGCAUCGUUCCAUUUGAGUGGAUUCCCGAACGCGGGCAUUACUUCUCCCCUGAAGUUCACAUGACCUUCGUCGUGUUACUGACUUGCCUCCAGAUUCUACAAUGUAUCUGGUCGUAUAUGAUAUUCCGUGUAGCGUGGCGAGUGGUAAUGGGAUACGGAGCAGAUGAUACGCGUAGCGAUGAAGACGCGUAA